AUGGCCGGGAGACCUCAUGGUCAGGCGUCUCCGUCUGCCAAUUCGGACCUCCUGCUGGACUUGGACGACCAGCCCAUCUACAAUUCUGGCAAGCCCCCGCCUACCGAUGACGACCACCUGCUCCUCCACCACAACAUUGAUGCCUCUGAUGCUCCGAGAGCCUCGACCUCUUAUGACGACUUCGUGGGUUCCUCUUCGACAGCUGGUCUGCCUGGAGGUCCUGGUGCUCCGGCAACGACUGGCUUGCACAUCCCCAUGCACGACACUAUAGGAAGACAAUAUUCCCAGACCUCCGAGCUGAACAACUACCAGAGAUACUCCGACCUCGACGAUCUUCCAGAUGACUCCAACUACUACGCGUCAGGAGGAGGCGUGGACGAGGACAACAUGCCAGGUCUGCAUGAAUCACGCUUCACCAGUCACGGACGUAAUAGAAACAGCAUAAUGGGCAUUGGAGGAAGCAUCGUGGACCGCGCCAAGAAUAUAUUUGGUGCCAACGCUGGUGGCUAUUCAGAAAUGGAUCUGCCCUUGACCGAAGCUGGUGCUCGUUCUUCUCACAUUGCAUCCGGAGGUGUUGAUGCUCUUCCGUCUGCACCACCACCAGCAAAGCGCACACCAGGAGCAAAGUUCAAGUUUGGCCUUGGUAGAUCAGGCCCGGAUCCUAACGCCGCUGGUCCUCGUAUUAUCCAUCUCAACAACCCUCCAGCGAACGCCGCCAACAAGUACGUGGACAACCAUGUCUCCACGUCCAAGUACAACUUUGCAUCUUUCCUGCCAAAGUUCUUGUUUGAGCAAUUCUCAAAGUACGCCAACUUGUUCUUCUUGUUCACUGCCAUUCUGCAACAGAUUCCCGGUGUUUCUCCCACAAGUAGAUACACCACAAUAGUGCCACUGGGCAUUGUCCUUUUGGUGUCUGCUGGUAAAGAGAUGGUUGAAGACUCGCGCAGAAAGUCCCAGGACAAACAGCUCAACACCUCCAAGGCCCGCGUCUUGCGGGGCUCGAGUUUCCAGGACAGCAACUGGAUCAACAUAGCAGUUGGAGAUGUUGUCCGUGUAGAGUCUGAAGAACCGUUCCCCGCCGAUCUCGUGCUUGUGGCCAGUUCCGAGCCAGAAGGUCUUUGCUACAUUGAAACGGCAAACCUUGAUGGUGAAACAAACUUGAAAAUCAAACAAGCCAUACCAGAGACUGCCAACCUUGUUAGUCCUGCCGAUAUCAGCAGACUCGGUGGCAGGAUCCGUUCUGAGCCUCCCAACAGUAGUCUGUACACAUACGAGGCUACCAUGACCAUGCAAUCAGGCGGAGGCGAGAAGGAGUUGCCUUUGAAUCCUGAGCAACUCCUCUUGCGUGGUGCUACUCUACGAAACACGCCUUGGGUGCAUGGCAUCGUCGUGUUUACUGGACAUGAGACAAAACUCAUGCGCAACGCCACGGCCACUCCGAUCAAGAAGACCGCUGUAGAGCGCCUAGUCAACUUGCAGAUUCUCAUGCUCGGUGGUAUCCUGGUGACCCUUAGUAUCAUCAGUUCCAUCGGCGACCUUACCAUGCGAGCCACCUCUGGCAAGAAGAUGUGGUACCUAGCCUAUACUCCAGUCAAUGGUGGAAAACAGUUCUUCAGUGAUUUCUUCACCAACUGGGUUUUGUACUCAAACUUGGUACCCAUUUCGCUCUUCGUCACGAUUGAAAUUAUCAAAUACUGGCAAGCCAUUCUCAUCAGCUCGGACCUUGACAUCUACUACGACAAGACGGACACACCUGCUAAUUGCAGAACGUCUUCACUUGUCGAAGAACUGGGCCAAGUUGAGUACAUCUUUUCCGACAAGACAGGCACUCUGACCUGCAAUAUGAUGGAGUUCAGACAAAGUUCUAUCGCAGGAAUACAAUACGCCGACGAAGUUCCUGAAGACAGAAGGGCAACUGGAGAAGAUGGUGAUAUGGGCAUAUUCGACUUCACUCGCCUGGAACACAAUAGAAGGAAUCAUCCAUCUGCUGAGAUCAUCAACCAGUUCCUGACCCUACUCUCCACCUGUCAUACAGUUAUCCCUGAGACAAAUGCAGAGAAAGGAGGCAAGAUCAAGUAUCAAGCGGCUUCGCCAGACGAGGGUGCCUUGGUCGAGGGCGCUGUCACGCUCGGAUACAAGUUCGUUGCACGCAAACCACGUUCAGUCAUGAUCGAGGUGCAAGGUGUUCAGUCUGAGUUUGAGCUGCUGGCCGUCUGUGAGUUCAACUCGACCAGGAAACGCAUGUCAACGAUCUUCAGAUGCCCUGAUGGUAAGAUCAGGUGCUACUGCAAAGGCGCUGAUACCGUCAUCUUGGAACGCCUGGGCGGUGACAAUCCCUUUGUCGAAGCUACUUUGCAGCAUCUUGAGGAGUACGCCGCAGAAGGACUAAGAACGUUGUGUCUCGCCAUGCGCGAAGUUCCGGAAGAGGAGUUCAGGGAGUGGCAGCGAGUCUACAGCGAAGCUGCUACCACAGUUGGCGGUAACCGAGCUGAUGAGAUGGAUAAGGCAGCUGAGCUCAUCGAGCACGACUUUACGCUCCUUGGUGCUACAGCGAUUGAAGACAAACUACAGGAUGGCGUACCGGACACAAUCCAUACAUUGCAGACUGCUGGGAUCAAAAUCUGGGUCCUAACAGGAGACAGACAAGAGACCGCGAUCAACAUUGGCAUGAGUUGCAAGCUUAUCAGCGAGGAUAUGACUCUUCUGAUCGUCAACGAGGACAAUGCAGCCGCCACUCGGGACAACUUACAGAAGAAGCUAACCGCUGUGCAGAGCCAGUUCCAGACUGGCAUAACAAUUGAUACUCUGGCACUUGUCAUUGACGGCAAGUCUCUUACAUUCGCACUUGAAAAAGAGAUGGAGAAGCUCUUCUUGGACUUGGCUGUAGUCUGUAAAGCUGUGAUUUGCUGUCGUGUCUCGCCAUUACAAAAAGCCCUUGUCGUCAAGCUUGUCAAGCGUCACAAGAAAGCCAUCCUCCUAGCAAUUGGCGAUGGUGCCAAUGAUGUCUCCAUGAUCCAAGCCGCACAUAUCGGUAUUGGUAUCUCAGGUGUCGAAGGUCUUCAGGCCGCACGAUCAGCCGACGUUUCCAUUGCGCAGUUCCGAUACCUUCGCAAGUUGUUACUCGUCCAUGGAGCCUGGUCAUACCAAAGAAUCUCCAAGAUGAUCCUAUACUUCUACUACAAGAACACCGCACUUUUCAUGACCCAGUUCUGGUACUCGUUCCAAAACGGCUUCUCCGGAGAAGUCAUCUUCGAAUCCUGGACGAUGAGUUUCUACAACGUUCUGUUCACCGUCAUGCCACCAUUCGUCCUCGGUAUCUUUGAUCAGUACGUCUCAGCUCGUUUGCUCGAUCGAUACCCUCAACUCUACCAACUCAGUCAAAAGGGUGUGUUUUUCAGGAUGCAUUCCUUCUUCAGCUGGGUAGCAAACGGAUUCUAUCAUUCUCUCAUCCUGUAUUUUGUCUCUGAGCUCAUCUGGCUGUACGAUUUACCACAGAGCGAUGGUAAGAUUGCUGGCCACUGGGUAUGGGGAACUGCUCUCUACACAGCAGGUCUUAUCACCACGCUUGGAAAAGCAGCACUCAUCACAAACCUCUGGACCAAGUAUACUGUGAUUGCCAUUCCUGGCAGUCUUGUGGUCUGGUUCAUCUUCUUGCCUAUCUAUGCAACGGUCGCACCCAAACUCGGAUUCAGCAUGGAGUAUGCUGGUGUGGUGCCAAGACUGUUCCCCAGUCUCGCCUUCUGGCUAACAAUCAUCGUUACGCCAGUCCUUUGUCUACUUAGAGACUACGCCUGGAAGUAUGCCAAGCGCAUGUAUUACCCUCAGGCAUACCAUCACGUCCAGGAAAUCCAGAAGUACAACAUUCAGGAUUACCGGCCAAGGAUGGAGCAAUUUCAGAAGGCUAUUCGCAAGGUCCGCCAAGUGCAGCGCAUGCGAAAACAGCGUGGUUACGCGUUUUCGCAAACCGACGAAUCGCAGGCCAGAGUCUUACAGGCUUAUGAUACUACGAGAGAAAGAGGUAGAUAUGGCGAGAUGGCGAGUAGCAGAAAUUAA